AUGUUAAAUACAUUCAAUCCAAAAUAUAUUCAAUUUGAACUUAUAUUUCGUUUUAUUAUUUUAAUAUGUUCUAUUACAGUUACAUGGCUCUUUAUAAAAUCAAUACAUCAAUUUUCUAUUCUCGAUUGGUCACUUGAACAAAAAUGGACAGUUCUUCUUCUCAUAUUUCUCGUUUUUUAUAAUGAUCCAUUUUAUCUAUUAAUAAUUUUAUCAGAUUAUUUAUUUCUAUCAAUUCUUGACAAAAUUUUACAAAUCAGUUUUCUUUGUAUUUUAUUACUUUUUUGGCUUAGUUUUUAUCAUGGCAUUCGUCAAAAUGUCCGCCAAUUUCUUCCAUUUUAUUUACCGAAAAUAAUUCUUGUAAGUAUUCUAUGGAUAUUUUCCAUUGUAUUUUCAUCAUUUCGAAUUAUACAAGAAUUUCAUGAUCCAAUGUAUAAUAUGACUAUUGAUAUAACACAAUUUACUAUAUUUCAUAUUAUAUUUUAUAUAGUUGGAAUAUUUUAUGUUUUGUAUUUACUGUUUUUGAUUAUUCGAGCAUAUAGUGAACUUCGUAAUAUGCCUUACUUUGAUGUUCGAUUAAAAUUUACAACGGUUUUAAUGAUUUGUGUUAUAUUAAUUUCAAUGAUUAUUAUAGUACUUCGAUUUGGUUCGAGUAUUAUUAAAGAAAAUUUUGUACCGGAAUUAACAACAUGUUAUAAUAAUUCGAUGGAAUUUUUGUUAUUUUAUAGUUUAAUUAAUAUUUAUUUAUAUACAAUGGCAUAUGUAUAUUCACCAGCUAAAAAUACAACCAUCGAAUCAUUAUUUCGUUAUAAUUCAACAUUUUCUAUGUUAAAUGAUUCAGAGGAAGAUGUGGUUUAUGAAUCUGAUUAUGAAACAUCUCAAUUAACAACAAUAAGAUAA